AUUUAUGGCCUUCAACAACUCUCAAUUUCUUCACAGUUUCCUUUGUUCAUUAACUUGAUGACUCAUUCUGCUUUGCUUUGUCUAAGGCGGAGAUUACACUUCUCGUCCUUUGGGCUUUGUAUAAAUAAACUCUUAGACAUAGGUGACUCCUGUCUUUUCUGAUCCUUUCUUCUCUUCUCUUCUCUUCUCUUUUAUGCUCCUCUGUUUUAGCCUUCUGGGUUUUUAGUUUUCUUUCUUUAACUUAUUCUGUUCCUCCUUUUUUAUUGAAUUUACUCUUACUGGGUCUUUGAAUUUUGAGCCUUUUUCCAAUUGGCCUGUAGCUUUAUCUGAGCUUGGGUUAUUAUUAUUAUUAUUGUUGUUGUUGUUGUUGUGUGUGUCUCUAGGUGUUUGUGUUUGAAUAUUUGGGGGUUGGUGAUUCUGGGUUUUUGUCACAAUGAGCAUUUGUUCUUCAAGGAGCCGCUGCAGCUCUUUUUAGUGGGCGUUUCUUGGAGUCACUGAAGAAUUUUGCUUUUUGGGUAUCUUUUGCUAACUUGGUUUCCCUCACAGAAGCUGCAUUAGCUGAGUAAAUUUUCCUUAAAAAAAUUCUGCAAAAAGGCCAAGUUAUUGUCAGCAGAAUUCUGUUAUUGUCAGUGGGUAUUCUUACAUACUAUUACAUCAUUCUACUUCUGAUCAUUUCUUGUGAGUUGUUUCCCUUCUAGAAGCUGCAUUUAUCAGCGCCAAUUUGCUCCCACAAACAGCAAAGUUCCGUUCUUUGUUUGGUGGGUUGCUCUCUUUGUCCUUUAAAACAUUGAAUACUAGGAUAAGAGAUAAUGGCCGGUGGCAGAAAGAGGAAAUUGCGUCUUAGCAAGAUCUACUCAUUUGGAUGCGGGAAAUCAUCCUUCCAGGAUGACCAUUCGCAGAUAGGGGGACCAGGGUUCUCAAGGGUUGUUUUCUGCAAUGAACCUGACAGUUUUGAGUCUGGGAUUCGAAAGUACAUCAACAACUAUGUUAGUACUACCAAGUAUACUCCUGCUACUUUCUUGCCCAAAUCAUUGUUUGAGCAGUUUAGGAGGGUGGCCAACUUUUAUUUCCUGGUUAGUGGCAUCUUGUCUUUCACUCCUCUUUCGCCUUAUGGGGCUAUCAGUGCCAUUAUCCCUCUCAUCGUUGUUAUUGGAGCCACCAUGGUCAAAGAAGGAAUUGAAGAUUGGAAGCGACAACAGCAGGAUAUUGAGGUGAACAAUAGAAAAGUUAAAGUGCAUGAAGGUGGUGGUGUCUUCAAGGAGACUGCAUGGAAGAAUCUGAGAGUGGGAGAUAUAGUGAAGGUGGAGAAGGAUGAAUUCUUUCCGGCAGACCUCCUCUUGAUUUCCUCUAGUUAUGACGAUGCAAUCUGCUAUGUUGAGACCAUGAACCUUGAUGGAGAGACAAACUUGAAAGUAAAACAGGCAGUGGAGGCAACUUCUUUCUUACAUGAGGAUUCCAACUAUAAGGAUUUCAAGGCAUAUGUCAAAUGUGAAGAUCCAAAUGCAAAUUUGUACUCCUUUAUUGGAACUUUGGAGUUUGAAGAAAACCAAUAUGCCCUCAGUCCUCAGCAGCUUCUACUCAGAGACUCAAAACUCAGAAAUACGGACUACAUAUAUGGGGCAGUUAUCUUCACUGGACAUGACACAAAGGUUAUGCAAAAUUCUACAGCUCCUCCUUCAAAGAGAAGCAAAAUUGAAAAGAAGAUGGAUUCAAUUGUAUACCUCUUGUUCAGUAUCGUAUUUUUGAUGGCAUUAAUUGGAUCUAUUGUCUUUGGCAUUACAACUAAAGAUGAUUUAGAAAAUGGCAGGAUGAAAAGGUGGUAUCUCAGACCAGAUGAUUCUGAAAUAUACUUUGAUCCUAAUAAAGCAGCGGUUGCAGCACUUCUUCAUUUUCUGACUGCCAUAUUGCUUUAUACCUACUUCAUCCCCAUCUCCUUGUAUGUGUCAGUAGAGGUUGUUAAAGUUCUUCAAAGCAUUUUCAUCAAUCGAGAUAUUCAUAUGUAUCAUGAGGAGACUGACAAACCAGCACAUGCGCGUACUUCAAAUUUGACCGAGGAGCUUGGGCAAGUGGAAACAAUACUUUCUGACAAGACUGGUACAUUGACCUGCAAUUCCAUGGAGUUCAUCAAGUGCACUGUGGCUGGGACUGCUUAUGGCCGUGGUGUCACAGAAGUUGAGAUGGCUAUGGAUAGAAAAAAAGGUGAUCCAGUGGUUCAAGAAAAAAUAAAUGGAUGGGAUCAUAACAAGGAUUCUAACAAUAAAAAACCACAUGUUAAGGGGUUUAAUUUUGAAGAUGAAAGGAUCAUGAAUGGAAACUGGAUUCAUGAGCCUCAUGCUUCUGUUAUACAAAAUUUUUUCCGUUUGUUGGCAGUCUGUCAUACUGCUAUAGCUGAAGAAGAUGAAGAUACUGGGAAGAUUUCAUAUGAAGCUGAAUCACCAGAUGAAGCAGCAUUUGUGAUUGCAGCAAGAGAACUUGGUUUUGAAUUCUGCAGAAGGACUCAAACAAGCAUCUCAGUGCGUGAGUUGGAUCUGGCUUCUGGGAGGAGAGUUGAAAGGACAUAUACACUUUUGAAUGUUUUGGAGUUUAACAGUGCAAGAAAGCGGAUGUCUGUGAUAGUAAGAACUGAAGACGGAAAGCUGUUACUACUUUGUAAAGGUGCCGACAGUGUCAUGUUUGAAAGGCUUGCCCUAAAUGGUAAGGAGUUUGAAGAGAAGACGAGGGAUCAUGUGAAUGAGUAUGCAGAUGCAGGCUUGAGGACUCUGUUGCUUGCCUAUCGUGAACUUGAUGAAGAAGAAUACAAAGAUUUCAGUAAGAAAUUCGCUGAGGCUAAGAAUUCAGUAAGUGCAGACCGGGAAACAUUGAUUGAUGAAUUGGCAGAGAAGAUGGAAAGGAAUCUAUAUCUUCUUGGUGCAACUGCAGUUGAGGACAAACUGCAAGAUGGGGUUCCUGAAUGCAUAGACAAGCUCGCCCAAGCUGGAAUUAAGAUCUGGGUUUUGACAGGAGACAAAAUGGAGACUGCCAUCAACAUUGGUUUUGCUUGUAGUUUGCUUAGACAAGGAAUGAAUCAAAUUAUAAUCACUUUGGAGACUCCAGAUAUUCAAGCAUUGGAAAAAGCAGGAGAUAAGACAGCCCUUACAAAGGCAUCAAAAGAAAGUGUUCUACAUCAAAUAAUUGGAGGAAAAGCUCAAAUCGCUGGAUCAAAUGUAGGCGCUGAUGCAUAUGCAUUGAUCAUUGAUGGGAAAUCACUUACUUAUGCUUUAGAGGAUGAUAUGAAGGGCAUGUUUCUAGAGCUUGCAGUUGGUUGUGCCUCUGUGAUUUGCUGCCGUUCAUCACCAAAACAGAAGGCACUGGUCACUAGACUAGUGAAAGAGGGAACUGGAAAAACAACUUUGGCAGUUGGUGAUGGUGCCAAUGAUGUGGGUAUGCUGCAAGAAGCAGAUAUUGGAGUUGGAAUCAGUGGUGUUGAAGGAAUGCAGGCUGUUAUGUCGAGUGAUGUUGCAAUUGCUCAGUUUCGGUAUUUGGAGCGUUUGCUACUUGUGCAUGGACACUGGUGUUACAGGAGGAUCUCAGCAAUGAUAUGCUACUUCUUCUACAAAAACAUUACAUUUGGCUUCUCUCUGUUCUUAUAUGAAGCGUUUGCAUCAUUCUCAGCGCAGCCUGCAUACAAUGAUUGGUUUAUGUCCCUGUAUAGUGUCUUCUUCACAUCACUUCCUGUGGUUGCUUUGGGUAUUCUUGACCAGGAUGUACCUGCAGCGUCUGCCCUCAAGUUUCCUCAAUUGUACCAAGAAGGGGUACAAAAUGUACUAUUCAGCUGGCGCCGAAUACUCAGUUGGAUGUUUAGUGGCUUCUAUAGUGCUGUUAUCAUUUUCUUCUUCUGCACAAAAGCAUUGGAACACCAAGCAUUCAAUGAUGAUGGAAAAACAGUUGGAAGGGACAUCUUAGGAGCAACAAUGUACUCAUGCAUUGUGUGGGCUGUGAACUUGCAAAUGGCACUCUCAAUUAGUUAUUUCACCAUAAUACAGCAUGUUUUAAUCUGGGGUUCUAUUGCUUUGUGGUACAUUUUUCUCUUGAUCUAUGGAUCCAUAACUCCCACAGCUUCUGGCAAUGCUUACCAGAUCUUUGUUGAAGCACUUGCCCCAGCGCCUACUUACUGGGUGCUUCUACUAUUUGUGGUGAUCUCUACUCUAAUCCCAUAUUUCUCAUUCUCAGCAAUUCAAAUGCAGUUCUUUCCCAUGUACCAUCAAAUGAUACAGUGGAUGAAUUAUGAGGGCCAAUCAAAUGAUGCUGAGUACUGUGAUAUGGUGCGGCAAAGGUCAAUUCGACCAACAACGGUGGGUUUUACAGCUCGUAAAGCAGCACGAUCUAGGCGUUAAAAGAUAAAGAGUUGGAUAACUUAAUAUAUUAGCUAUUUGUUAUUGGAAGGCAUCUGUCAGAAGUUUAGUGCUUUGUGAUCUACUCAAAAUCUGAACUCUCCCUGCUGUAUCUGUCUACACUGAAAUCUCAGAGAAAGCCUUUUAUUCCACUGAAAGGUAUGCUGCAAGAAUUAGGACAAUUAGAUCACACUGUAGUUUAGCAUCCUUCAGCAUAGCCUUUUGAGCUCGCAUGUAUUUUUUUUUUAUGAUUUAGCCUUUUGAUCCCAUGCUUAUAUUUUUUGUGUAAUGUAUCGUCUUUUAGUUGUAGAAUGUAUUUAAUACAAAAGUGAGAAAAAUUCAUUACGGAUUUGGUAGUGCUGGUUCUUUUCAUAAAUAUACAACCAUUCCUCUUCUUAUUGUAGCUCGAGUUCAUUAUUGUUCUUAAAGAACAUAGAUUUUGAUUGUACAUCAAGUUCAUUGUUGUUCGUAAUAUUUUGUUUGUGCUUAUUUGUAUUUACCUCUACUUUUAGGGUUGAGGAGGUUGCUGCCCUCUGUUCCUCGUGCCUGAUGAACUUGUUAAAUAUCUCACGAAAUGAAAGCAUGCCACCAGAUAAACCUUUUCUAGACUGAACAUUUGCAGUGAUCUCUUGGAGUAAAAACAGAGACCACUGAGGUGUUUGUUAAGUGACUCUCCUUAAUUAUCUCCCUGGUUUGAUCUAUUGUAUAUAGGAGAGUGUUUCAAAAGGCAAAAUUCCUUUUUCUUUGCCCAAUUUUGCUUUCCAUUUUAUUUUUACCUUAUCUCCUAUCAAAAAUUAUGGUCCGAUGUUAACAAAGACCGAGUCAUGGUUAUCUUUAAGUGCUAUUUUUCCUCCUACCUUUCAAUCACUCACCUAAUUUUUCCCACUAACAUUCACAUCUAUUGUUUUGGCCCGUGUGUAUAUACAACCCAUUUUAGCUAUCUUGAUGAGAUGGAAAUUCUUCUCUACUCACUAUACUGGGGUUUGUAAAUAUUUUUUUGUUGUUCUUGUCACCUGCUACUUGCUUAGUGGAAGAACCUAUUGUAUUUUGUGGAAUAUCACCGUCUGGUGCAAAUAUGACAAGCCUCACGUUUAUAGAUCAAUUAUGCUGUUGUUCUAAUUUUUCUCAACAAUUUCAAGGAUAUUUCUGCAAUAUGGAACAUGCCGCAUUAGUUGGAAUUCUUAACGCUGCCGUGCCACUGCAAACGGCCACAUUGAUAAUGGAUUCGCUGCACACCUGCUGGACUGCUGCCAAUGAAGUUGGGACUACUUCUAAUGGUGCUGCCAGUGGUACAUUUCCCUCUGUCCCACGAACAAUCUUCGUACUUCCAGCCAUGGCAUGCAAAAUCUUUUCAAGACAUAUCCAAAAUUGAGGUACUUGAAGGGAAAAACUUCAAGAGGUGGCAAUAAAGAAUUUCACCAUCUUGGACAUGCAGGGACUGGCAUGGGCACUUUCCGAUCUUAAAAUGAAGCCUUCCAUGAUGCUUGUAUUCAUGCCAACAAGGUACGUAGGCAUACAUUAAUUCGCACUUUAUUAAAUGAUCUUUUCGAUGUUUAUUGUUCUUGCAAGGAGGCCAAAGUAAUAUGGGAUUCAAUGGUCUUGAAAUGCGCUACUGAAGAUACUGGCAAACAAAAGUUCAUCGUAGGAAACCUUUGUCAAUGGGAGAUAGUGGAAGACGAAGACAUUAAACAGCAAAUGAAUUUGUACGACAAGCUGUUGGAGGACCUAAGGAUUGAAAAUAUUCAAUUGCAAGAAGAAUUUGUUAGGGGCGUAUUGAUUGAAAAACUGCUAGAUUCUUGGAAUAUUUUAUACGGCAAUCCCGUUUUUUUGUAGGCCAAAUUUGCUUUCCAUUUUAUUUUUACCUUUUCUGCUAUCAAGUAUUAUAGUUCAACGUUAACUAAAACUGAGUCAUGGUUAUUUUCAAGUGUUAUUUCAUCUUUUUCUCCA